ACGGUUUUGCCGUGGAGAGGAGGGUAAAAUUUCGAUUGUAUUGAGAAUGUUGAUUCUUGAACAUCCUCCCCAUGGAUGUCUUUGAAACCCUUGUUGAUUUUGCUUGGUGACGAGGAGGGGUGGAAAAACUCUCACAAUCUUCGAUUACGUAAGGAUCAUUUCACGAAGGCGCGAAAGUCCGAGUGCGACAAUUUAGUUUCGUGCGUAAUCCACUUUAUAUUAUCAUUUGAUGCAUUGUUAUGGGUUGUCGUGAUAAAAAUAGGUAUAUCCCGCCAUCCUUUAGUUCACCUGGAUAAAUAGUAGGUUCCUCUGAGCAUCAUUCUCUAUUCAUUCGGAUUAUUCCCGAGUUCAUGCAAUCAAGGAAUUUGAGAGAAGUGUUUUGGUGGAAGAGUUUUUAAAAUAUAUUAAAAUUACUGUCCACAGAGUAAAGGGGUUCAGUGGAAGGCUUGCCUUCACGUUCCCAGUUGUUUUCCUUUUGACAUACGAGUGCGAGGGUGGUCCACCUUGGGAUACUAGCUGACGGGGCCUAGAGUAUUCUUUGUAAGCCAUAUCUGAAACAUUUCCUGGAAUCUUCCAAUUUUUAUCUGCAUUUAUUUCAAGUGACUUUUUCCAUAUCGAGAUAAAGAUGAAAUCUCCCGUUGGAAAUCCUUCUGUUGAAAUUGUCAGCGACAUGACAGUCUUUGACCUUGUUACCAAAAUUGUUAAUACAGCUGAGCAAGAAGAACCCUUCUUUGUUGCAGAUGCAUCAGAUAUUGUUUUCAAAUACAAGAUGUGGAAGCUUAAAAUGCCUAGAGUCGAACCUUUCUAUGCUGUGAAGUGCAAUGAUUCUCCUAUAAUCCUUCAUCUUCUGGCAGCCUUGGGUGUGAAUUUCGAUUGUGCCAGCAAGAAUGAAAUUGAAAGUGUUCUUAGCAUGGGAGUGGAUCCUUCUCGUAUCAUUUAUGCCAAUCCUUGCAAGACCAAAGGAUUCAUUAGGCAUGCAGCGAAAGUUGGAGUAGACAUGAUGACCUUUGAUAAUGCAGUGGAGCUUAGAAAAGUCAAAGAAAAUCAUCCUAAUGCAAAGCUUGUCAUCAGAAUUCGGGUGGAUGAUAGUGCCUCUGUUUGUCAAUUAGGAGUGAAAUUCGGUUGCCGAAUUGGUGACAUUCCCCAUCUACUUCAACUUGCCAAGGAUUUAGAUCUGGAUGUAAUUGGCGUAAGUUUCCAUGUUGGAAGUGGAUGCCAGGACAGUUCAGCCUAUCGAACUGCUAUUUUGUCUGCCUAUCAUGCAUUUGAAAUUGGUAAAAAUAUUGGUCACCAUAUGGAUUUCUUAGAUAUUGGUGGAGGUUUUCCUGGUGUCAAGGGGCCUUACAUUUCUUUUGAAGAGAUUGUUGGUGCUGUCAAUGAAAGUUUGGAUGAAUUUUUCCCACCAGAGUCUGGGGUACGAAUAAUUGCUGAACCAGGAAGGUAUUUUGUAGCUUCUGCCUUCACUUUAUGUGCCAAUGUCAUCGCCAAAAGGGAAACAGUAUCUGAAGAAGGUGAUCCAAUUAACAUGUACUAUCUCAAUGAUGGUGUUUAUGGGUCAUUCAACUGCCUAAUUUUCGAUCAUGCUGAAGUUGAACCAAUUCCUCUUGUGGAUCUGCACGACAGACAACUAAUGAAAAGCAGUGUUUGGGGACCAACAUGCGACAGCAUUGAUUGCAUUUUAAAAUCUUGCACAUUGCCAUCUAUGGAUGUUGGAGAGUGGAUCAUGUUUGAAAACAUGGGUGCCUAUACAAUCUGUGCUGCCUCUAACUUCAAUGGUUUCCAAAAGCCUGAGAUGAGAUGGGCUCUUCCGAUCCAUGUCCUAACUUACUUGCAACAGCUUCCAACUUGGCCAGAUCUUGUUGAGGCUUUUGGAGGCAGUGCAUUGGACUUACCAAAUGUCAACAUCACGCCUGAAUGUGAAAACAUUGCCAACAAGGGCGUUAUGAAAGCCAUCCAUCGUCGAGAAUCUGUAUCAGCUUGAAACAGCCUUGUAUUUGAAUAAACCUGUUUUGCUCAUCUAUUUUUGUUUCUGCAAAUGCUUUUGGUAUAGGUUCUGCUAAUUUUUUUUUUUUAAAUUCAUUUUUUAAGGACUUCAUUUUCCAACAUUUUUGCAAUUUGCUGCCUUUUUCCUUUUUUUUUUUUUAUUAUUUAUUUCCUGAAGGCAAUGUAAUCUGCAUAAAAUGCUUGGUACUGAAUGAAAUUUCAUUUUUAUUUUAAACCUUUAAAAUAUUGACUUCUCUAUGGUGUUAGGUGAUGGUGUUUUUAACAAUUUUCUUAUAUAAUAGUUAAAUGUUGAACUAGGUCAUUACUGACAUUCCAUAUUAACUUUAUAUUUUUUUAAGUUUGAGAGAAAAAAAAGUUUUUGUUUUUAAGUAACUGGAAGUUUCCAGGAAAUGUUUUAGUGUUAAAUGUGGCUCACUCGAAUUGUUUAACUAAAUAACUUGUACAUUGUUUAAAGUUUAAUUGUAUUUAAGAAUCUGAUAUUUUGUUUCUGUACUUAAAUGUUAAUAAAUGUAUUAAACUAAA